AAAGAAAAACAGGUAUAGGAGCGAGGAGUGUCUGUCGAAUUUCGCGUCAAAAAUAUACCAAAAAUCAACAAUAAACUAAAGCACAAUUCGAAAAUAUUUGUUUAAUACCAACUAAUCAACUAAAAAAUUAACGAUUCGAAUAGAAUUUGCAAUUAUUUCGCGUUGAAAAAAGCAUUUGCAAAAAAAGAAAUAGAAAAGGUGUUGCUUUUUUUGUGUGGUGAUUUUAUGAAGAAAGAAAAGCAUAAAAGAAGAAACGAAACGAAAUAAAGUGAGAGAGAGUGUGUUGGAAAAAAAUGAGAAAUAAUUUUGCUAUGUCAUAGCAGCAAAGUGAGUGUUGGUUUGCCGAGAGAAGAGUGGAAUAUACAAAAAAGUUAAUGCAGAUUUGACAACUGCUGUCAAAAAAAAGAAGAAAAAAAAAUUCGACGACGACAGAGCUUAAAAGAAAUUUUUGUGCUAAAACUUGGCAAUUUUUUCGCCUGAAUCUUUUGAAUAAAUUGUGAAUGAGUGAAGUUCAAAUGAGGUAGUGUUAAUUUAAGAAUAAAACAACGUUAAAUUAUUCCAAAGAAGAGAAGAAAUUAGAGAAAUUGUAAACAGCUGACACACCAUACACAAGUAACGGUGGACAAACAUAUUAAAAUAAAAGUGACGACGUUGACAGUGCUGCUAACAAACGCUGCCGCUGCCAACGAAACCUCUACGCCCACCGCUCUGCCUUUCUGUUGUUGGUCGGUCGGCUGGCUGGUCGAUGUUGUAUGAGAGUGAAUCAUUUUUUGCUUCUCAGAUUUUCUUCUUUCUUGUACUGAACCGACUGGCAGUGUGUGACUGGCUUUGAAGAAAAUGUUUCAUUCAAAGUGCAGUUAUAAUUCUCUGUAAUGGACGGACACUGAACUUCUUCUUGGUUGAUGGUUGGUAAUUUGCCGCUACGCUAACGUCGUCCGUCAUCCGUCGUCUAGCCUCCAUCAUCAAUAAACGGCGAUUGCAUUUAGUAAGCCACUUUUUACUGCAACUUGCUGUGUGUGGCAGCCAGCAAGCCGAAGAUAAUCAUCUAAUUACUUAAGAAGAAAACUAAUCAAAGGAGGGGACCUAGAAGAAAAGCCAAAAGCACAGCAAAGAAGACAACAAAACAAACAUCCAAACGAGCGACCAUUCAUCCAAUUGAUACGCCGACGACGGCUCCUAAAAACACAUCACAUCAACGGAUUGGCGAAAAUUUUUGUUCAUGGUGUCACGGUGAAAGUAAGCAAGCGGAAAGAAGUUACAGACACGGCACACGCUACAACAACAGUUGAAAAAACCUACAAUAUUCCAUUUUUUUCUAUGUGGAAACGCCUGCCCUGCAAAUAUUACUGUGCUGCUGCAUGUUAGCUACUGGCUUAAGCUGGCCACAUAAUAGCAUAAGAAACGGAAAAAAUUGGUAGUCGGAAGGAGCAUUUGUUGUGGAGUGGUGGUGUUUGUUGGAAGUCGAGGAGAAGCAAAAGAAGAAGAAUCAGUAGCUGAAUAAACGUCACUCCUCUCUGACUUCAUACAAUCCUAUCCCCACACACGCACACACUACGCUGCCGCUGCACAUUUAUUGUUGCUGCUUCUAGUCAAAAAUCAUUGGGGGCUGUUUUGCUUGACUUCGCUGCCAGCAAAAACAACAAAACAAAUUCCUCGGUAUUGAAAGACAGGCGAUUUUUGUGUCUAUUUGAGUGUGUGAACGACGAAAAAAUAUUACACAAAAAUUCAACAUUAACAUCAUCAUCAUCGUCAUCACCAGCAACAACAACAGAAACAACAUUGCCGCAGCACAAUGGAUGAGACUCAAGAAAUUCGUCAGGCCCGCUAUCGUGCCUCGGUAAAAUGGUUACUCUCCAAAGCCUACAACAAUCGUGUACCGGACAAUUUAAAGGAGCCAUUCUAUCGCGAUCACGAAAAUCAGGAACGAUUAAAACCCCAAAUUGUUGUUGAUUUAGCAAAUGCCACAAUCUAUUGUCAAACCUUGUCGAAUUUAUAUUCAGAUCCAAAUUACCAAAGCCUUAAUCAUUGGUCGAUACUGCAGACAUUGGCCCGCAAAGGUGUACCCGUCAACGAGACAAAGGAUAUGCCAUUGACCGAAACCGUUCUCAUACAAACAAAUCCACUGAGGAUUGUGGCCCAUAUAGCGGUUAUAGAAUCAUUGAUGUUGUUGUAUGCCAAGGAAAUCACAUCAAAUGAGAGGGUCAAUAAUGCCAUUAAACGUAUAUCGGGUAAUGUUAAUCCCCAGCUGGCCAGUGGUAAUGUCGAACAAACCAUACUCUCAUGGGUGUCGCAUACAUGUGCGGCGCUAAAGAAACGCAUCGAAAGGGAUGUGCAAACAUCCUUGGAUGAGGAUAGUACCAAACGUUUGCAGUCUCUGGAUAUACCACCCGUUCGAGAUUUUCAAGACUUGUGCGAUGGCAUUUGCCUGGCCCUAUUGAUAUCGUACUAUUGUCCCAAGGUAUUGUCGUGGACAGAAGUUCGUAUCAAUUAUUUGCCUGCCGUUGAAGAUUCCAUACACAAUGUGUUGCUAGUUAGCAAUUUUUCACAGAAAUAUCUGCCAUACAAUGUGUUCCAUAUGCUACCCGAGGAUGUCACCUAUAUGAGGGGCUCAAUGAAAUUAAAUCUCCUAAUCCUACUGGCUGACCUCUUCAAUUUGUUUGAAAUCCAUCCGGCCAAUUGUGUCAGUUAUCCUGGCAUGGAUUCAGCUGAGAUCAUCGCCAAACAAAAUGCCGGUGCCAAUGAACAUGGAAUAUAUCAUCGUCGUGGUUUAACAAUGCCAACAGUGAUACCAAUACCAGAUCUAAGAAGUGAAUUAGAUCAACCCUCUAGCUCGCCAACGACACGACCUCAGUUUCAAGUAACGUAUACACAUACGGCGAGUGGCUUUAUCCAUAAACCUGCUGCAUCUUUUCACCAUCAACAACAACAACAACAAUUACAGCAAACACAACAAUCACAAAUCCACCACGAUCCCCACCACCAUAAUAUGGCCGAAAAUACUCCUGAAGCAUUUGUUGUGCACAAAUCACGUGGCGUUACCACAUUAUCUACCAUGCAUAUGCAACAACAACAACAACAGCAGGAUCCACUAAUGCCCGCCCGUCUAAGACAAGCAAAAGAGAAGUCAAACACCGAAACGAAGGCCGAUGAAAGAGGUGACAAUGUUCCAGCCGGCCGGCCCAGUAAUUGGGAUCAGCAUCGCAGACCUAGUUAUGCAGGCCGCCGUUCCCGUCGCAAUUCUUCCAGUGAAGAUUCUCAAUUGACAAUUGAAAAUUUUGGUGGCUCUCAGGAUCAGUUGAAUGCCAUUGAUCGUUUCGACAGAGGUGAUCGAGAACGUAAACUAUCCAAUACCACUAUAGAACAUGUGGUCCCCGUUCGUUCUUCCAUAGCCGAUGCCCGGGGCACCUUACAGCUGGGCUAUGACACCGAUUCUGGGUCGGAAAAGCAAGAUCACGAUACAGAGAAACAACAGCCGCUGAAACGGCAACCAAGCUGUGACAAUGUCAAUCUUGCUGCCAAAAAUAAUGGCACCCUAUCACAUGCCAACAGUGCCACAAAUGUGCCACUACAACAACAACAACAGCAACAAAAACAACAUUCGAAUAGUCCCGAAAUGCUGGCCGGCGAUGAACCACCCAGGGAAAGAGAUCCAAAUGCCACACUCACGCGAAAAUCCUCAAAUGCCAGCAUGCACAUGAAACCCCAAACGAAUUGGCAAAAUAAAACAAGUGAUCUUUACGAUGACGACACCCGAUCCCAAGAGAGUGCUUAUAAAUUGUCAAAUAUACGCAUGAAACUGGAAGAACGUCGGCGCAUGAUUGAACAGGAUAAGCGGCGAAUUGAAAUGGCUCUGAAUCGUUAUCAGGAAAAGCUAAAUCAAGACGACCUAAUGGCCGAUGAUUACAUGAAAUGGGAAACAAUGAGCAAUGAUUCGAAACGUACAUCAGACAUUGAUCCCAUGGAAUUGGAUAAGUAUCAACAAAGCAUCGCUAUUAUGAACAUGAAUCUGCAAGAUAUUCAACAAGACAUACAAAGGCUAGCCACUCAACAAAAUCAGAUACAGGCCCAACAAAUGCAAGCCCAACAGUUGCUGCAGGCUCAACAGAUUGCCAAUAUGUUGAAUCAGCAACACUCAAAUUUUGGUUCCCAACAACAUUUGGCCGAUCCCUAUCCGCCACGGCCUCUGCAACAACAACAGAACUUUGGCUCUUCACCCCAUUUGCCGCAGUCCUUUAACAGCGCUGUCAAUCCCUAUGGUUCACGACCACCCAGCCGUGAUCCCUACCAACAAAUGCAGACCAUGCCGGUACAGUACAUGAACGACAGCACACCACCCUAUAACAUGUACGGUGGUGGUCAGCAGCAACCAUCGAUGGUGCCACAGUCCCAAUACAAUACCAUGAUGUCGACGCAUUACAAUGACAACAAUGUCGUGCCUUACAACAACAGCAGCAGUAAUCAUAACUAUGGACCACAGCCGCCGCAUCAUCCAGCCCAACAACAGCCACCACCACAACCAGCACACCAACAACCAUACAUUCCGCGUCAAAGUAUUUACGAUGAUUAUGCCCCACCACCACCAGCACACCACCAAUCGAUGAUGGGUCGUGAGCCCAACAUGUCACCACAGCCGAAUAACUAUUAUGGCCAUGAGGCUCCACCUCAGGCGAAUGUCUAUGCUGGUCCACCGCCAACGCAACGGAGAACCUGGGCCCAGCCCUCGUUUGAUGCCAUGCAACAGCAAAUGGUGGAUGUGAAUGCCUGGCAAAGACGUUCCCAGAAAUCGGAAGAUGGUGGUCCUAGCUGGGGUAGUCCCCAACAGGAUAAUCACAUGCCUCAGCAGUCACAUCACCGCUCGUCGAUACACCAGAAUGGUGAUAGUCAACAGCACAUGCAAAUGUAUCCGGUCCACUCAUCGCCAGUGCACAGUCAGCGUGGUAGCAUGGGUGGUGGCGGCGGUGUACAACGUCAGCAAUCCAUGACCAAUUUGAGAGAGACUCGAUCACCAAUUGUUGUUCCCAAGGCCUCGUCGGCACCCACACCACCGGAAGAUGUCAUGGCACCCCAGAGUAUUUGUUUCAUUGGCGAUGAGGAUGACAUUGAUGAAAUUGAACGGAAUGUCAUUGAGAAAAUGCAAAGCACUGGGCUGUCAGAAUACAGUUUUCCCAUACACCACCACCAUAAUAGUUCCCAACAACAACAACAGCAGCAGCAACAGCAACACUAUCAGCGGGAUGAACAAUACACAUAUGAUGAUUAUGGCGGUGGUGGUGGUCACCCGGAUAUGAUGCCCCAGAAACUCAAUAUAACCAGUGGUAAUCUUACCUACAGGAUUCCAUCUCCACAACGUCCACAACUCCAUCCAAAUAGCUUCCAGGAUCCUCGUUCAGCUGAGAAGAACAAUAGCAAUGCCGAAAAAGGCUUCUAUAUCUCCUUCGAUGAUGAUCAGCCCAAAAGACCCAAACCUCCAUUACGCGCCAAACGUUCACCCAAAAAAGAAAAAAGCCUUGACAGUGUUGAUCAUCAGACACUGAACAGUGGCGAUUCGAGCAGUGGCAAUCUAAAAGAUUACCACGAUUCCCCGUUCAGCAAAGAGGUCAACGAACCGAAAUUCAAACCAAAAAUCCAUCAGUUGAACUACAGCGAAAGCGGUAGCCCCAAAUCAACAUCGAUGGAUAUAAACAAGGCCACAUACAACAAAUACACCGACAGUCCCAUACAAUUAAGUCAGGUUAUGUCCGCCGGGGACAAUAAACAGUUUACGUCUUCGUCGUCGUCGUCGCACAACACAAGUAAUAAUCACAAUCAACCACAAACUCCUCCGCCGUCAGUUGCUUCCACAUCGCCCACACAUGUUGUGAGCAGCAGCAGCAGUAGUCAAGCCCUAGAGAAUAGUCGAGGUGAAAAAACGAAAAGCAAAGCUUUAAUUAUUGGCACCGAUGCCACCAAUUUAGAUCCGGAAUCCGUGGAUGAAAUGGAACGCCGCAAGGAGAAAAUCAUGCUGAUGUCCUUGCAACGUCGCCAACAACAGGAGGAGGCCAAGGAACGCAAAGAACAGGAGGCUGCACGUAAACGUGAACUCGAACGUGAAAAAGAGGAGGAGAAGCAACGCAAAAAGGAAGAACAAAUGGCUCGCAGAGCGGCAAUAUUGGAACAGCAUCGCCUCAAAAAGGCUCUGGAAGAAGCGGAACGGGAGGGCAAAACAAUAGACCGCAAUGACAUUGCCCUCAAGCCGAGCACACAAACGAAUACUAUAUCUAGGACACGCCAAAAGAGUACACGACCACGUCCCAAAACCAUACAUGUGGACGAUGGUUCUGCUGUGGAUAUAAGUGAAGCUUCCAGCCUAUCUAGUCGUGGUAAAAAAGGCUCGAGUUCGAAUAUAACAGGUUUAGGCCAAUUAAGUUCGAACUCAAUGAGACGAGACUAUUACCGAGGCUCUCAAGACUCCCUCACAGUGAAAGAAUCACCGGAUGAAUACCCGAGUACUAGUUCAACACCGAUUGGACGCCGGGGAUCCUAUAAGUUGUGUAAAGAACCAAAUGUCGAACGAGGUCGUACUCUAUCACGUAUAUCUGUAGCCAAAGGAAGUACACUAAAUUUCCGUGGGCGAAAAUCAAAUUCGCUUAUGAACCUGUGCGAUUCUGGCAUAGGAAGAGCCACGCCACCACGUCGAGCCCAAUCGCCCGGUAUUACCACACUACAUAGACAUAUGCCUUCACCCUCAGGUCCUGGCUCAUUGCCGGGCUUUAUGACCAAACGACGUGGCAUGAUGGAUGAUGGAUCUAGCGAUAUGUCAUCGACGGGCAAUUUAAUGAUGGACUAUUCGGGACCGAAGUUGUACAAACAACCAGCUGCCAAAUCGAAUCGUGGCAUCAUUUUAAAUGCCGUCGAAUAUUGUGUGUUCCCCGGAGCGGUGAAUCGUGAUGCCAAACAAAAAGUUCUAGAGAAAAUUGCCCGUUCGGAGGCCAAACAUUUCCUAAUACUGUUUCGUGAUGCCGGCUGUCAAUUUCGGGCAUUGUACAGCUAUACACCCGAAACGGAACAGGUUGUCAAGCUGUAUGGUACAGGACCUAGUCAAGUGGAUGAAGUUAUGUUUGAUAAGUUCUUUAAGUAUAACUCUGGCGGAAAAUGUUUCUCCCAGGUCCAUACAAAACAUUUAACCGUCACCAUUGAUGCUUUUACCAUACACAAUUCCCUGUGGCAGGGCAAAAAAGUUAAUCUACCCAGUAAAAAAGACAUGGCUUUGGUUAUAUAAACAACAAAAGAAAACAAAUGUAGACAGAAUAUUGGAAGAAUAUCAUUAUUUCCCGUUUGCGCCCCAACUACAAAUAUUGGCCCAUCUUUCAUCUGCUGCUGCAAAAAAAAAACAAAACUAGAAGGAAAAAAACCAACCCCAGCAUCUAUACAAUUUAUAAGAAUAUUCUAUGCUUGCUAAUAGGUGUGACAGCAUUGAAUGUAUUUAACAACAACUACUAGAACACAAAACAAAAAAACACACAGUCUUAACUACUACCAAAAAUUAAAACAAAAA